GUAUUCGCGCCUCCAGCCCCGGUCUCUCCUGCCCUUCGCCGCGCCACGUCCCACGGAACUCCCGCCAGCCAUGAGCCGCUCGUACGCCUCCUCCGCCCAGUCCGCCUCCUCCUACCGCCGGACCUUCGGCUCGGGCUUCGGCCUCCCCGCCUCGCUGUCCCGCUCCGUGCUCUCCGGGCGCGGCUCCGGCUCCUCCAAGAUGGCCUCCCGCACCUACGAGAUGACCAAGAGCUCCUCGUACCCGAGCUACUCCAGCUACCGCGCCUCCUCCUCCUCGGGCUACGGCGGCGGCGCGGCGGCGGGCGCCUCCCGCUCCUACGCCGGCCUGGGCGAGACGCUGGACUUCGGCCUGGCCGACGCCAUGAACCAGGACUUCCUGCAGACGCGCACCAACGAGAAGGCCGAGCUGCAGCACCUGAACGACCGCUUCGCCAGCUACAUCGAGAAGGUGCGCUUCCUGGAGCAGCAGAACCAGACGCUGGUGGUGGAGAUCGAGCGGCUGCGCGCCCGCGAGCCCACGCGCGUCGCCGACAUGUACGAGGACGAGAUGCGGGACCUGCGUCGCCAGGUGGAGGCGCUGACCAAUCAGAGGGCCCGCGUGGAGGUGGAGCGGGACAACCUGGCCGACGACCUGCAGAAGCUCAAGCUCAGAUUGCAGGAGGAAAUUCUUCAGAAGGAUGAGGCUGAGAACAACCUGGCUGCAUUCAGAGCCGACGUGGACGCCGCCACCCUGGCCAGGCUGGACCUGGAGAGACGCAUCGAGACCCUCCAGGAGGAGAUCGCCUUCCUCAAGAGGAUCCACGAGGAGGAGAUCCGCGAGCUGCAGGCCCAGAUGCAGGAGACGCAGGUGCAGGUGCAGAUGGACAUGUCCAAGCCGGACCUGACCGCAGCGCUGCGGGACAUCCGGGCCCAGUACGAGGGCAUCGCCGCCAAGAACAUCUCCGAGGCUGAGGAGUGGUACAAGUCCAAGGUGUCAGAUCUGAACCAGGCCGUGACUAAGAACAACGAUGCCCUGCGUCAGGCCAAGCAGGAGACCAUGGAGUUCAGGCACCAGAUCCAGUCCUACACCUGCGAGAUCGACUCCCUCAAGGGGACCAACGAGUCUCUGAUGAGGCAGAUGAGGGAGAUGGAGGACCAGCACGGUCGGGAGGCCGGAGGCUUCCAGGACGCCAUCGCCCGUCUGGAGGCCGAGAUCGCCAACAUGAAGGACGAGAUGGCCAGGCACCUGCGCGAGUACCAGGACCUGCUCAACGUCAAGAUGGCCCUGGACGUAGAGAUCGCCACCUACAGGAAGCUGCUGGAAGGAGAGGAGAGCCGAAUUUCCAUUCCUGUGCAGGCAUACUCCAGCCUCAGCUUCCGAGAAACAAGUCCGGAGCACCAACGCUCAUCUGAAGUCCACUCCAAAAAAACAGUCCUGAUCAAGACCAUCGAGACUCGCGAUGGAGAGGCUAGCUACGAAUAGCCGAGGGGGGCCUCAUGAGCUCGUUGUGUCGUCAGUGAAUCCACUCAGCACCAGGAGGACGUCAUGUAGGACACAGAAGAGAGGAAAGCAAAGGAGGAAAAAAAAAAGAAAUAAAAUUAUGUGUAAAAAAAAAACAAAGACAUUCGCAUCCAAAUGGUGACCCCUCAAUUUGUUAAAGGACUGGCACAGUUUUUAAUGCACGCAAGUAAACGGCUCACUAAUGACACAGAGGCUUGAUAAGUACUGCAGAAAUGGAAAAAAAUGAAAAAGGUAGAAAAUAAAAGGAACGAGAAAAAGAGGACAGGAGAAAGUGAAUGAUCAAAAUGCACCGCUGCUGCCCAUACAGAAAUAGAAUGCACUGCAAUAUAUUGCAAAUAUAUGGACUGUGAAAUUAUAUUUCAUCAGAGCAUAAUAUAUUGCAAUAUAUUAAAGAACCAAUGUGCAUAUUUGUCAACAUAUUGAAGUGUUGCAGUAUAUUGAUAUUAUAUUUCAAUCUAUUUUCAAACAUAUUUCAUUUCCAUAAGGAAAAAACUGUGAUUACAGCUGAGUCUCUAUUGUGAGUGUGCAUCCAUGCACGUAUGUGUGCGCAUGUGUGUUUAUCUCCCACAGUUUAAAGAAUGCCAUUCUAGGCAGCAGAAGUCUACACUCAUCAGAUGAUCUUAUUACGAAAAAAGAUCUCACCGUUUGAGUUGCAGAGUUUCAAUCAUAGUGGCCAUCCGCUUCACACAUGCUGUUUCCACUGUGGGGUGUCUGUACGGCUGGGCAUGGCAGGAAGUAGGUGGGUGUGGCUGAAGCAUGUUGGUCCAAUCAGAAGGAGGAUGGGGUCUGUGGCCUCACUGAAGAGCGAUCUCGGCUUUCUGGCUUUUCACAAGGGCUGCCGACCCACUCAGAAAUAGGGCUGUAUCUAUGAGCUAGAAAUUUGCAUCCUUUGCUCCGUCAUUUUUUUCCCCCCCAAGUUCCAAUGUUUCCAGGUGGAAAAGCACUUUGACUUGAAUCAGUAGUCACCUUCAGAUCAGUGCAAGGAGCAAGCUACUUCAGAGUACUUGGACAAAGCCAAAGAUCUGGCUCUGUAUGCUACAACAUUCAGGCAUUUCACCAGGAAAAAAUCACUUUUGGCAAUGAGCAAAGAUUCAAAUGUGACCAACGUACUGCUGGAGUUUCACGGAGCGUGAAACAUGUUAUCACUCUUUAUACUGCCAAAGUCACUGCAAUGCACUUGCACCUGUCACUUGAGUCUGACACUAGCAGUUGAUAAUUACACAUCUGUCAGAAAAAUUGGUUCAAUCUGUGUAGUUACGUGAGUUGAUAUCUUAAACUCACUGUACCAUGUAGUGGCUAUUCAUCUAGUUCAGUAAUAAACUAUGUGUUUUCACAGACA